AUGACAUCUGAUAUACUUCUAAGUCAUUCUCAGCUAGCGAAUACUUCUAAAGAAGAUGUUCAGGAUAGCUGUUCUACCUUUACUAUAGCGGUAGAUAUCGGCGGUAGUUUAGCGAAAGUUGUUUUCAUGCCGCCCAACUCGAGCAGGCUUAUGUUCAGGACUCUGGAGACUGAACGGAUCGACGAGUUCAUGCAGCUCCUCCAUGACAUUAUACAACAGUACCAUGACGGGCUAUACGAGCAGACGUUGCUUGUCGCUACUGGCGGUGGGUCGUACAAGUUUUAUGACUUGAUGGUAAAACAGUUUCCGACGGUUAUAGGAAUUGAAAGGUCUGAUGAGAUGGAUUGCUUGAUCAAAGGGUUGGAUUUCUUCAUUCACGAAAUCCCAAAUGAGAUAUUCACAUACAACGACUUGGAAGGCGAAAACGCAGUGGAACCCUCACAUAACUGCAACUCCAUUUAUCCGUACAUGCUAGUAAAUAUAGGAUCUGGUGUCUCUAUCUUGAAAGUAGACUCACCAAAAACAUUUAGUAGGGUGGGAGGAUCAUCUUUGGGUGGAGGAACCCUUUGGGGAUUACUCUCGUUGAUAACCGGCGCUAAAUCCUUCGACGAAAUGUUAAGCUGGGCGCACAAGGGAGACAAUACAAACGUGGAUAUGCUCGUCGGAGAUAUAUAUGGGACGGCUUAUGAUAAGCUAGGAUUGAAAUCCACUCACAUAGCGUCUUCUUUUGGCAAAGUUUUCCAAAACAGGUCACACGUAGCCCACGAAAAUACCAGAUACCCUUCUCCUUCGACAACUUCCACAGAUAUCAUCCAAAGCGACAACAAAUUUAAUAAUGCUGAUAUCUCAAAGUCUCUAUUAUACGCCGUAUCAAAUAAUAUUGGACAAAUUGCAUAUCUACAGGCGAAGAUUCACCACGUUAAGAAUAUUUACUUUGGCGGCUCCUACAUAAGAGGUCAUUAUACAACCAUGAACACAUUGAGUUACGCUAUUAAUUUCUGGUCCGAGGGCGAAAAGCAAGCUUUCUUCCUAAAACACGAGGGCUACUUGGGCGCAAUGGGAGCAUACCUCCUUGCCCAGCGGCAAAAAACAUAA